AGGCAGUCAUGUUUUUUUCUUUGUUCUGACCAACGCUGAAUAAACUUGUAAAUAUGCUCUCCUGAGUGCAUCUUUUGCUGUGCGAACUCUGCUGAAAGAGCGUGCACCAGCCUUGGAAUGUGGCAUGCUAUUUCUGAGGCUUCGUGUCGCUAAUUGACUGAUACUGUAUCUACGGGAGAUCGAUGGAUCGUCCGGCAUCGGUGUGAGGGCGUGAUGGACUUUGUCUCCCUGGCAGUAUCCCAACAGAACAGAGACUCUCAUGAGUCCAAGAUGUGGCUGUUUUGGGGAGUGGCCUGCUUAGUCCAACAGACUCUGACAUCUGAAGAAUUCAGCUGUAGGAGACAUCUGAAUCCACAACAAUUUAUGACUAUUCCUGAAGUUAUCCAGUAUUGGGGAUACCCCAGUGAAGAGUAUACAAUCCUGACAGGGGAUGGCUAUUACCUGCAGGCAAACAGAAUUCCACAUGGAAGACAUAGUUCUGGAAAGACAGGGCCUAAGUCAGUUGUGUUAUUGGUACCUGGUAACUUUUGUGAAGGCAGGAGCUGGAUUUCAAAUCUUCCCAGCAAUAGUCUGGGAUUUGUUCUAGCAGAUGCUGAUUAUGAUGUCUGGAUAUUAAAUAACAGGGGGACCACCUGGUCUAGAAGACAUCAGCACUUCUCAGUAGACCAAGAAGAAUUUUGGAAUUUCAGCUUUCAUGAAAUGGCAAUUUAUGAUAAUCCAGCAGCCAUAGACUUCAUUCUGCAGAAAACUAAGCAAAGCUUGUAUUAUAUUGGCCAUUCCCAGGGAGGUACAACGGGUUUUAUUGCCUUUUCAACCAUGCCACAGCUUGCUCAAAAGGUUAAACUCUUCAUGGGCCUGACUCCUGCCUACACAUGCGAAGGCAUCAAAGGACUCCUUUCCUUAAUUAUACGCCUUCCUCAAGAAUUGAUAAGACCUAUAUGCGGCAAUAAAGAAUUCUGUUUUUUCAAUAACAAACUAAAAGCCAACAAUGCCAAGUUUUGCAGCUAUCCAGGGAUUGACAAACUUUGUCUCCAAAUCAUGGCCUUAUUCCAAGGACGCAAUGAGAAAAACCUAAAUGUGAGUCGAGCAGAUGUGUAUCUUGGAAUUUACCCUGAUUUUACUUCUGCAAAAACUAUUGCACACUGGAGUCAGGUUGCUAAAACCAACCAAUUUAAGUAUUUUGAUUAUGGAUCAAAGAACAAAGCUGUCUACAACAUGAGUACACCCCCAUUUUAUAAGAUAGAAGACAUUACUGUGCCAACAGCUGUGUGGAGUGGUGGGAAUGACCUUAUUGUAACCAAAAAGGCUAUUAAACGGCUGCUCCCUCGAAUCCCUCAUUUAGUUUUCUAUAAGAAUAUUCCUGAAUGGCAACAUACAGAUUUUAUCUGGGGUCUUGAUGCACCAGACAAGUUGUUUAAGGAUGUGCUUUCUCUGAUGCAAAAGUUCAAAUAAUGUCUUAAUAUGAGGGGCAAACUAUAUAUCUGAUAUUAAUGCAGACACAUUUUUUAAAAAGUUUUACAUUUAUUGUUUUCUGUACUUAUGUUCUUCUUUUCUGUCGCAAGUAAUAUUAAAGGUUGGCUAGCAAUGACAAAAGGAUCUAAGGAAGAAAAACACACAACAAAAUUGAUGGUAAAAAUCUAACAACAUGCAGGGGCACAGCCUCUAGUACUACUUAUUAUUAUAAUAUAUAUUCAUAUUAUAUUGUGUUACCAUGCAUUAUAGAAUAAACUUGCUUCUGUUCUGCAAUGAAUCAUGGAAUUCCUUGCCAAUAUGAAGGGACCCCCAAAAGGCCAAAGAAUAUGCAGCUUGGAAUAACUUUUUGUAUUCCAGUGGAAGGUACUCCGAUUCCGACUAAGCCACUCAACCAGAGGUCAGUGAGGGAAAUGUCACACAUUGCUCAGGUUUGGCUAUCAAGACCAUGAGCCUCCAUAGGGCGGCUGUCUUUUAUUUUAGCAAAUGUUUUCAACUGCUUGACCCCUGUAAUACCUUCCACGUAAAAGAAGCUAAUCGCUGGCUGGCAUUGUGUACACCUGGCUUUGCCAGACACAAGGGAGCCUAUUACUGUUGAGACUUUGCGGCUGAUCUGGGGCAAGUUAGGCAGUGUUUGUUGGUUCAGUUUUGAGGUCCAGUUAUUUGCAGUUUGUCUCAAUAUGUGGCUCUUGCUCCAGCAUGGAAUGGCGGGGGGGGGGGCAAUGGGUUGCUCAGUGGCAUGUGCGGCCUUCGAAUCCUUUGCUACUGGGCACUGCAAUUCAAAACAGGUUCCAUCGGGGUCUUACACUACCUUGAUGACUUUAUUCUCGUUGUAGCCAAAGAACAGCAGUGCACCGACUUGUUGAGGGCAUUAAUCUCCCUCGCAGAGGAACUCGGUGUUCAGUUGGUGGCGGAUAAAACUGAGGGCCCAGCCACAACCAUGGUUUAUCUAGGCAUUUAAUUAGACACAAUUGCCCAGGCCUCCAGGUUACCAAGCGAAAAACUAGUCGCGCUCAAGGAUUUAAUUCAACAGCUUCUUUCAUUAAAAAAGGUUACCCUUAGGCAGAUCCAGUCUUUAUUAGGUCAUCUAAAUUUUGGGUGCCGAGUAGUAUCCCCAGGACGCCCCUUCUGUGCCCAGUUGGCUAGAUUGUCAGCGGGCCUUCGGGCACCCCAGCACAGAGUUCAUCUUUCCAGGGCGGUUAACUCCAACAUGGAAGUAUGGCUGCAAUUCCUAGAUAAAUAUAAUGGCAUUUUGCUGUGGCAGGAUACCAUGCUGCUCCAUGCUGAUUUUCAGGUCCAAUCAGAUGCGGCAGGUUCCUUGGGGUUUGGGGUCUAUUUCAGGGGGCAGUGGUGUGCCCAGCACUGGCCCCCGGUGUGGCAGGGAAAGCCCGUAACACGGGAUCUUACCUUCUUAGAAUUCUUCCCCAUCAUGGUGGCGGUUCAUUUAUGGGGUGAGGUAUUUAGGAACCACAGGAUGUGCUUUUGGACUGACAACCAGGCAGUGGUAUCUGUUCUCUCAACUCAAUCAUCACACUCCCCAAGAGUCAGUAACCUCCUCCAUUCCUUUGUCCUUUUGUGCCUUCAACACAACAUCUAUUUUUCAGCCAAUUUCGUGCCGGGCGUUAAUAACAACAUCGUGGAUGGGGGGCCACCAGGGGGCGCAUUGGAAGAUGGCCGACAAUAACAUAUCUCUGACCCACAUGAGGUAAUUAAGAGGCUGCUAUGGGAAGUAUGCAGUCUUCCUGCCCCCCCCCCAAUGGGAUGAGCGGGACUGCUUUGCCAGCGGUGUCCAUAAUGGGGGCAGAGAUUAAGACUCUGCCCCCUCCUCCCCUCACUUCAGAUUCCUUCCCAGCAGCCAUCACCUAAUGAUGAUGAUGAUGAUAAUGAUAAUAAUAAUUUUUUAUUUAUACCCCACCCAUCUGGCUGGGUUUCCCCAGCCACUCUGGGCG